AUAAAGGAAGCGCGUGUAUUGUCACCUAUGUGACUGUCGGAUGACGGUGCGCUCCGGUUGUGCUCGAGUUUUCGAGGGGCGUUUUAAUAUUUCGGAUGUUGCUGACGUUUCAACCUCGGGCGGUGACAAGUACUCAGGGCUGUAACAAUCGUGGCGCAUUCUCGUUCACUCCCUUUAUUCGUCUCUCCUGUCCUCCUUCCCUCUCUCGUUCACUCUCUCUCCUUCCUUCGCCGAUCUUUUUUCGCUAUCUCGCAUCUUCUAUCUCUCCCUCUUGUUUGCACACACACAUACGCUGCGCGGCGCUUGCGCACGCAUACACACAUAUACACACACACAAAUGUACGCGACAUAGCUCUUCCCGUGUUCCCGUCUUUCUCCUUUCCUUCAUCGUCGACGCGUCGUUUUAACGGUUUCCCAUGAUUUUUCGAUAGUAUCCCAUCUACUCAAGAUUAUCAGUGACGUAGAGUAAUUAUUCGGCGAAUUUUUCUCUCCACGCGAAUGUCGCGAGACAGCUCGUACGGUACAUAGAACCCAAGAUCCUUUUUUUACAAGCAUUGUACGAAUCUCGUGAUUGUCGUAAAAGUUGGUGCAUCGCUCUUCUCGUCACGGCUACUCCCGUAUUCGAUCUCUUUCGCGCUAGUCUCCUCUCGCGAUCGUAAUUGAAAGAAAAAAAAUAAAAUAAAAAAAAUAAAAAUAAAGUAAUGCGGGGAGUCGUCGUUCUCGACGACUUUAGUCACACAAAGAGUUAAUUGGAUAAUAUAAUUAACAGUGCCGGAUCUCUUAAUGGGUUAAAAAGAGCCUGUACUCUUUUUUGUUUCUCAAAUUAGUUAGCCACCCCUUCGAUUUUAUCACCGUGCUUGUGAUCAUGGCGAAUCGGGGUACGGCUCAAAGACCAAAUGGAUCGACACAAGGGAAAAUCUGUCAGUUUAAGCUAGUUUUACUUGGUGAAUCUGCAGUUGGAAAAUCGAGCCUUGUUUUAAGGUUUGUCAAAGGACAGUUCCACGAGUACCAGGAGAGUACAAUUGGUGCUGCAUUUCUAACACAAACCGUAUGUUUGGACGACACAACUGUAAAAUUUGAAAUUUGGGAUACUGCGGGGCAAGAGCGUUAUCAUAGUCUUGCGCCAAUGUACUAUCGUGGUGCUCAAGCAGCCAUUGUUGUAUACGAUAUAACAAACCAGGAUACAUUCUCACGUGCCCAAACAUGGGUAAAAGAAUUGCAGCGCCAGGCCAGUCCAAGUAUAGUAAUAGCAUUAGCUGGAAACAAGGCAGAUUUGGCAAAUAAAAGAGUUGUCGAAUAUGAUGAAGCUCAAACGUAUGCAGAUGAAAAUGGCCUUCUUUUCAUGGAAACAUCUGCUAAAACGGCGAUGAAUGUCAACGAUAUUUUCCUUGCAAUUGCUAAAAAGCUUCCUAAGAACGAACAAUCAGGAAGCGCAAGUACGAGUGGUCAAGGUCGUCGACUAGUCGAGUCGGAUGGGCAAAAGGCAGCAACUGGCAAUUGCUGCAAGUGAUUAUCUAAAUCCGUAUGUGUCUCACAAUAUAUAUAUUCGUAUCUAUACAUAUUUUUACAUUAUUUGAAUAUAUAUACUGUUUUCAAAAUUAAUUGGGAAAAAACUACAAGAGAUAUUAUUCCAUUAAUGAAAAGUUGAAAAAUAUUUGAUAUGCCUAAUGAAUAUGUUACAAAUCAAAUGCAUAUUCGGUGUAUAUCAAUCUGUUCACAUAUUUUUAUAAUAAUAGAAUAUAUAAUGAAAAGAAAGCGCGAUCAAAAAAGGAAAAAAAAAGGAAACGGGGAAAUAUAUCAAUUUCAUAUUGUGUAGAAUAGACAUUUGCACUUUAUAAUGCUUUUAGCAGAUUUUUGUAUUAGUAUUAUAUAAUAUGGGAGGUAUCUCUGAGUAGUCACACACAUGCAGUUUCAUAGAGUAUAUUAUAUUUCCUGUUAUAUGUUUAAUAUUUUUUAUAGUAUAUAUUCUCUCGCGCCUUUUGCCUUCUUUAUAUUUAUUGGAACAAUAAAUAAACACGGCGGAUUAAAAUAAUUAGAUAAGAAAGAAAAGCGCGGAUUAUGAAAAUAAGCUCCAUUAUAUGACCGUCAAAUUUAUAAUCUGCAAGGUAUAAAUGUGUAACUAUAAUAUUGAUGUAUGAUAUUUAGCUGAUAUUGACAGUUUCUUGUAAUUAAAAGAUGGUUUACACAAAGUAUAUGUGAAAAAAACAGUUCUAAA